AUGACAAACAUUAUAGCCAUCGAAGGCGGUCAUGACGUUGCGGGAGAUAUACACGUCUCUGGCUCGAAAAAUGCAGGGCUAGCUCUCAUGGCCGCCUCUUUACUGGCGUCUGGGCAAAGCACACUUGAGGGGAUCCCGCCUGUGUCGGAUAUUGGCAACAUGGGUCAGAUUUGCCAGUUUUUGGGCGCAAACGUCAUACGCACAUCUGAUUCCUUGCGGAUUGAUACGACGAAUCUAGGCAGUCGUGAGAUCCCAGACCGCCUUACGCGACCCCUACGAGCCUCAAUAUUGAUGCUGGGUCCCCUCAUUGCGCGCUUUGGGUUCGCAAAACUAUGUCUCCCUGGAGGGUGUUCAAUCGGAACACGGCCAAUCGAGGAACAUGUGAAAGGAUUGAAGAAAAUGGGAGCUUGUAUCAAAGUCACGGGGGGGUCCAUUGAAGCUUAUGCCCCGUCGGGGUUACAUGGGGUAACCAUUCAGAUGCAGACCCCGUCCGUGACAGGAACCAUGAACUUGAUGAUGGCAGCAUGUCUAGCCUCCGGAGUGACAUAUAUCUACAAUUCAGCCCGUGAACCCGAGGUGACAGAUCUGGCCAACUGUCUCAUCAGCAUGGGCGUGAUGAUACAAGAAGGAGUGGGAGCCGAUCCUAUCACCGUUUUUGGCUGUGAUAAGCCCCUACCCUAUCAAUACAAGGUCAUGGAAGAUCGAAUUGAGGCAGGAACAUUUCUGAUUCUCGGAGCAAUGGCUGGAAAUCCUCUGGCAGUGCAUAGCUGUACUUCUGAAUACCAGACCGCAUUGAUAGAAAAGCUGCGUGCAGUCGGUGCUCGGGUCGACAUCAAGAAAAAAUCCAUAAUUGUCCACAAGGCUAUACGUCCCAUGGCCGUGGACAUCCAGACAGGCCCGUAUCCUGCCUACCCGACAGACCUUCAACCGCAAUUCAUGGCACUACUCUCAAUAGCACAUGGCACGUCCCGGGUCACUGAGACGGUCUUCGAGGAGCGUUUUAACCAAUCCGCUGGACUAAUUGCCAUGGGAGCGCAUAUAUGCGUUGACGGGCAAGACGCCGUGAUAUCGGGCGUGAGAGAGCUAUCCGGGAGCAUGGUAGCUGCAACUGAUUUACGCGCUGGUGCUAGUCUAAUUAUUGCGGCCAUCGCUGCCAAGGGUGUCACUGUUAUUUCAGGCACUCAGCAUAUUGAUCGGGGGUAUUAUGGGCUACAGAGCAAAUUGGAGAAGAUCGGUGUGAAUGUGAAGCGGUCUCAUAGCUUCGAUGAAGGGGCCCGGAAAGUAGAGACUCGGAUGACCGUUUCUACUCUCUGCUCCAAGGCGUAG